CGUGUAGUAGUCAUCGUCGUGGAUGUAGAGAGAGAAAGAGAGUAAGAGAGAAACUCUUUUUCUUCUUGGUUGUUGCUCUUGUUCUAGAGAGAGAGAGAGUGAAUCUUGGAGAGAUAAGCGCCUGCUCCUUCGGCAUUUCCGUCAGACAAAGCUAACACUUCCAAGACCGACGCUGCUAUUAAUGAAUUCAAUUCGCGCCUUCACCAUUCCCUAUUGUAUUUGUGGAUGAACACUGCCAAGAUUGUGGAAAGUUGAGAAGCAGAAUGGGGGAGAAUGAAGAAGCGGCGAAUGACAUGAUGCAGAGGCUUCACUUUCUGAAGCAGCCGCUGAACAUGGAGCAGCUCAGCAUACCGCAGUUCAACCCGUCGCAAAUGCGAGCGAGGCAUCAGCACAAUCAGAGCCAUCCGUUUCAUCAGCAGAGUGUGGGCGGUGGAGAAGGUGGUAACAGUAGCAACAAGCGCGCGGGUAUACCACCCUCGCACCCGCACCCGCACCAGAUCCCGCCCAUUUCGCCCUACUCUCAGAUCCCGGUGUCGCGUCAGCAAAUGGGGGGGUCGCACAGCAUUUCCCCUACACCCACGCACACGCGAUCACUCUCGCAGCCCUCCUUUUUCUCCCUGGAUUCCCUCCCCCCGCUCAGCCCCUCCCCCUUCCGCGACUCCUCCUCCACUUCCGUGUCCGAAGCUGCUGACGUGUCAAUGGAGGAUCGGGACGUCAGUUCGCAUUCCCUGUUGCCACCCUCACCUUUCUCCAGAACACUCAACACCACCACCACCAACAAUUUGCCCUUGCCCCCUCGAAAAGCGCAUAGGCGUUCCAACAGUGAUAUCCCCUUUGGAUUUUCCACCGUUUUGCAAUCCUCGCCGCCGCUGAUUCCUCUCCGGGGAAACCCCGGCUCGGCGAAGCCCGCGCAGUUGGUGAAACGGGAAACGCCGUGGGACCGUGGUGUUGAGCAUAGUAAUGUGGAGGGAUCCGGGGAGAAGAAAUCCCCUGAAGGGGAAGUGGUGGAUGAUCUUUUCUCUGCUUACAUGAAUUUGGAUAGCUUUGAUGCCUUGAACUCUUCCGGGACUGAUGAUAAGAACGGGGCCGAGAAUCGCGAUGAUUUGGAUAGUAGGGCGAGUGGGACCAAGACGAAUGGUGGUGACAGUAGUGAUAACGAAGCGGAGAGUAGUGUUAACGAGAGUGGGGAUGGUGGGAGGCAUGGAGUGAGUGAGAAGAGGGAGGGGAUGAAGAGGAGUGCUGGGGGUGAGAUUGCUCCCACCACCAGGCACUACAGGAGUGUUUCAAUGGAUAGUUUCAUUGGGAAGUUGAACUUCGGUGAUGAGUCGCCCAAGCUGCCUCCUUCGCCGGGGCAGAGAACCGGUUUGGUUUCGCCUGGCAAUGGAAUUGAUGGGAAUUCAGCCGCUUUCAGCUUGGAGUUUGGAAAUGGGGAGUUUAGUGGGCCUGAAUUGAAGAAAAUCAUGGCCAAUGAGAAACUUGCUGAGAUUGCUUUGUCAGAUCCAAAGCGUGCGAAAAGGAUUUUGGCCAAUCGGCAAUCGGCUGCGAGAUCCAAGGAGCGGAAGAUGCGGUACAUUUCGGAACUAGAACACAAGGUUCAGACUCUACAGACAGAAGCCACCACCCUAUCUGCACAGCUUACUCUGUUACAGAGAGAUUCUGCUGGACUCACUAACCAGAAUAGUGAGUUGAAGUUUCGGCUUCAAUCCAUGGAACAACAAGCAAAGCUCCGAGAUGCUCUAAAUGAGGCGCUUACUGCUGAGGUUCAAAGACUAAAGCUUGCUACUGCUGAGCUGAGUGGGGACUCGCAUGGUUCUAGCUGUUUGAUCCCUCAACAUUCUGUCAACCCUCUGAUGUUCCAGCAGCAGCAGCCUUCUGCGUCAUCCCAACAAAACAUUCAUCAUCUUCAACAGCAACAGCAGCAACAGCAUCAGAAUGGUAAUGCCAACUCAAAUUCUGACUUGAAACAAUAAUUGGAGAAAGUCGCUCUGCAUCAAGAUGGUUGGUUCGUUAUAUAUUCGCUGCUGUUAACUCAUGGCACUCAGUUUCGCAUAUUUACAAAAAGUUUUCCUUAGUUGCUAUGGUCCUAUGUUUGAUUCGCAUUUCCUGUCCAGCUCGGACAGAAAGUCCAUAUACAGGUUCUAAUUUCUGUCUUAUAUCUAAAUUAUAGAGCAUAUUUAAUUUCAGUAUAUAUAUUAAAUUGUAAGCAUUAUUUGGACAUGAUUUGUUUUAUGAUGACAUUUAGAAAAAGUGUUCAAACUUUCUUUUUGUAAAGAAUGACCAUUCUGUUGUGGAUC